UAUAACAAGUAUAUAAGUGUAAUUGUUUUUGCCCUUAUGUUAAUAAUCACUACUAUAUAUCCAUUAAUAUUUACUACGCAAACUAAAGCCACAGAUAAUAGUUUAAAUAGUGAUUUACUGUUGUGUAACAAUAUUACAAGACUUAAUGAAUUGUGUUUAAAUGAUGAUGAAUGUGGAAGAAUAAAAGAUACAGAUGUUACCACAGAGGAGGGUGUACGCACAAAAAUGCAAAAGAGGUCUAAUUCAGAUACGUUGUUAGUUGAGAAAAAAACUAGAAAACGACAUUCUAAAAGUGAAGAUGAACGAAAGAAUUUGAGGAAAAAAAGAAGAAGGAAUGAAAUAGAAGAAAAAAAUAUUUUUUUUAAUAAGCAUUUUUUUUGCAAAAUAAAAACAAAACCAGAUCAUAUCUAUACGUGUGCUUUAAAGAAGGUCUCAGCUUUAUUUUUUGAAAUAUUUAGUAACAACGCCAUAAUUAGAGAAAAAGCUUUACAACUAAUGAAGAAAAAAGAAAAUUUUUCAAAAAGAUUUUCGCAAGAAAAAUAUUUUUAUUUUGUAAUGAGAUUUAUACUUAAAAAGGGUUUUUUAAAAACAAACGACCCAUCUACAUUGUUCUUAAAAACUCUUGCAUUUCAUACGUACACGUACAUUCAAUUAAUUAGCUUAAGUAGAAUUUUUGAUGAUGAUAUGUCGUGUCCUGCUGCAAUAUAUAAUUUUGUAAAUUGCGCCUUAGAUAUUAAAUUUAAUAAGAAAUGUAAUUGGAAAAUUGAUCAAUUAUUAGUUUUUAAGAACUACGAUAUCAGGAAAUUGCUUACUUAUUCUUUAGUUAAAGACAGAAUUACUAAAAAAGAUUUUGAAAUGUGUUAUAGGUAA